GUAGAAUGCCUAAAUAUAACUUUUAGAAACUCUUGGUAUAUAAUUUCGGUGCGCAAAACCAGGUCCUGGCUCUGGAACAGAAAAACCUGCCAAAGCCAAGGAGGGGACUUAGUUUCCAUUGAAACCGAAGAAGAAUGGAAUUUCAUCAAUGACCAGAUUCAAAGGCGAGAUACUGCGUCCUAUGAAAAUAAUUGGAGUAUUGGUUUAACAAAAAGGGCCGGGAAUUGGACUUGGGUGAAUGGAAGACCGCUGACUAUUUGCAAAUGGGAACAAGGGGAGCCAAGAGGUGAACACGACGCGGCUUUCAUGUACAAGCGGUCCAGUAAUGGGGAGCAGGGCGUGUUUGGUGGUGUUAAUGUCACAAGUAUAGGAUAUCGCCACACUUAUAUUUGUGAGAUUUCCGAGGGUAAGUUGUCAUUUUUGUUGUUGUUUGUUUUGUUUUUUCUGUUUGUUUGCUUUCUUUAAUAUUAUUUUGAGGAAACUAACGGCAGCAGAAGCGCUUAGGCAUCAUAAAAACAUUAUUUGAUAUCGUUUGUGGAACUUAUGAAAGGAUUUACAUAAACCCUCUGACAGUCAGAAUCAAGUUUACACUAACAUUUGAAUGAAUGAAAAUAUGUUUGAAACGAUAUCAAUUAACGUUUUCACGAUACAUAUGUCUAACUUUUGGCUUUGUGAGCAGAGGAAAAUUACAGAUGGUUCUGUUACCAGUAAUAACAGUAAACUUUCAAUUAUCAGUUAUUUUCAUAUAGUUAAUUUAUUGUUUCGAUUGAACAAAAUGAUGGUGAAUACCAAUUGCGAAGAAAUAUCAGUCCAAUUGCUUUUUUAGAUAACAACGUGUGAUGACGUGAAGUGCGUUAUCUUUUGCAAAGAGCCAUGCCAGGGACUCAUGUCUGUUGAGAUACAUGCCAAUUAUCGUUUUAUAAAACGAACACAAAAGACUUGCAAAUUUAUUUUUUCUUCGCAUAGCGGAAUCAGUUCUGUGUUUAUUCUAUUUUAUUUUAAUAUCCGCUUGUUUGAACUAUAAAGUUGUAGGUUCUAAUUUCGAUGCAAUGCAAAAUGUGCAGUGAACAUAAAAAACUAAUUAGAAUAUGGCGGACAUUUCUGUCGACCUAGAAACCAUUACUCUAUAGCGAGGUUAGUACGGGUUACCUUAGCUCUCGUAUGUCACCAGAGUGCGUAUAUACAUUUUCUUGUUUAAAAAAUGGUCAAGGCCGAAUUCGAAUUUUAUUGAUGUCCCGCUUACCAAAAAGAUAAACAUAGGAAUGCUUAGCAUGCAAGACUUAUUAUUUUGGCUGGGAGGGUUGUGAUGGGACUCUGCGUUCUUAACGGUUUCAGUUUUGUAACAGAAAAAGAGCAUAACUUUUAAAAUAACGAAAAUAUCGCAUUACUUCUCCUUAACAGAAAGGAAAAAAAAAACCUAAUUUAUCUGACCUCACACAGGUUUUUGUGGUCUGUUGUCUCUACUGUAUAAAAAAACUUUUGCGCGAAAAUAAAAUGCAUCGGUACCAAGCUUACCUUUGGGUCCUUCGGAGCUGUUGUUUGGUCUCGCUCUAAUCCCAGUUCGAGAGCGAGCGCGUUGCGGGACGUGACCAAAUAACUGUUGUAAAACAGACUACCCUUACUGGCGUUCCUCUGACAGAGAGGAAAUUUACAUUAUUCGUCUACAGUUAGCUUCCUCAAAAAUAUAAUCCCACGCAAUUUUACUACAAAAGGCUUAAUGAAACUCUAUCGCAUCUCCAAUAUACCAACGAUAUAUCGGGAUCUCGAAUAAGUGAAGAUAAAUUGAACAAGAGAAAAUGAUUAUAGUAUUUCAGAGAGGGCUCCUUGAUUGUUUGUUGCCUGUCUGGCCUGAUAACACUGGCCCUCGCCCUCGCCCUCGCCCUCGCCCUCGCCCUCGCCCUCGCCCUCGCCCUCGCCCUCGCCCUCGCCCUCGCCUUCCUCGCGAGGGAAAUUGCAUCUAGCUAUUACGUACGUAAAAGACAACUGGAGGAGGUUAUGCACAUGCGCGGUUGCGUGCCUGACUUGGAGACCUCAAUCGGGCGCGCCAAGAAGCUUAGAUACAGAGUGAUAAAGUACGCAUUUACCAGAGUUCGUGCAGCGUACCGCGGGCACCUGGUUACUGAUUACAGAGGGCUUCACGUGGGCUAGCAGAGUUUAAGCAGCGCAAUCAAAGGAAUUUGGCGUUUUGAGCGGAAAGUCAUACUGAUCAGUUCGUAGUUGAAAGCUUCAUCAAUUCUCGGUAAUUACACUGCAAGAGAAACGCUAAAGACGACAUGAAAAGACUGAUUUGAAACUGCGAAUAUCUAUCGAAGAGCGACGUGAGAAGGAAAGACAAAGAGCUCCGGAAAAAAAAAAAAGACUGAAAAGAGGUCAACAACAAAGAAAAAGCAAACUACAGAGGAGCCGAGAAAGGAGAGCCAGGAGGUAAGUUGAUGCUUAUCUAGUUUUCUCCUGCGCUAAGUCCCAAAACAAUUUUAACAAUCGUUAAACAAUUCAUUACGGUUUUACAACAGUGACGUAUUCAAGCAAUACUCUACAUAUUCAAAACUGUUUACAUAAUGUCUCAUAAUUGUACACAUUCUAUUUGCCCCUCACACUUCUUGGCAUCGGUAUUUUAGAGCGAUUUUUUUUCAAGGCCGCGUGAAGGGUAGCACAUCGACCGAAAAAUGACUAACCUCAAAGUUAAGUCAGAGAUUCUGUAUAGUGAACUUAGAAACGUGGUAAAGUUUCUCGCCCAGAUUUGCUUCUUUAUUUUGGAAAAUUUGCGAAAACUGAAACGAGGGUCGGUAGCCUUAACUUGGCGGAAAGUAAUGCCCCGAGUUGAGACAAAUGAACUUUGCUCGUGAAAAGUGCAAAAGAAAGCAAGCUCUCCUCAAUUUGAAGGAUUGACGAAUGUUUUAAGUUUAAAACGGGACCAUUUCAUUAAAUUUGAAGCUCGCGGAACGCUAUUGGAAAUCACCAAUAUUUCAAAAUACAAAUAUCGCAUUUCCUAUCAAUUUUCAAAUUAAUACUUUCCCUGUGUGGUAUACCUCAGUAUCGGCUCAGAUUAAGCUCGUAAUAAGUGGAAUAAGAAUUGUUUUCGAGGAUAUAAAAAUUAGUUUAGGGCUUUGCAUUUCCGCACGGAAAGAGCAGGCUAAACUUUUUAAAAAUCGCAACAUCGUCUUUACGUCACGACGGACAUUCUCUAACUAAGCACGCCAUUAUUAAAUCCAAAACUCUUAGCAAAUUUUAGCAGUAAGCAACGUGCUCGAUCAGUAAAAUCAAUACAAUAAGCUACCCUAACGACGACAGACUGGCUUUUUAUAACUUCUUUCGUUUCAAAUUGUCAUUUAUUUCCCAUGGCGAAAUUGUCUGCAAUAACAUAUUUUGUAAAGUAGCAGCAGGCGUCUGUUUCUCUUUCCAUGUUCGAAUAGUUUUGAGAAAGAAAGAACGAUUCAAUCAUUUACAGAAGUAAGUCAACAGUUCUUUUCCAAACUUUGAAGAAGGACAGCAAUCUGAAAUUAGUGUAGAUGUAACACACUCAAACACUCAAGGGUUCUUCACGCAAGGCUGAAUGUAUUGCAAUCUUACGGCCACAAAUAAUCGUCAAUAACUCAAAGUUUUUUCAAAAUUUCGACUGUAAAAUUAGGAAAUUCUAAAGUUAAACUUUAUCAUCCGAAAGAAUAAAAAAAUCAGAGAAUACUGGAGGGAAACUUCAAUUGUGCAAGCUAAUUUCCUCCAUUGCCUUUCCUAUUUUUGAUCAAAUAAACUUCAAUCAGUUGGAAAGGGUUUCCUUGAGUUGUAUUGUAAAUUGCAAUGUAAAUUACCGAGAUAGACUUCUUCUCAAAUGGUCAGCUUGUAAAAUAUUGCUUCUCAAAUUUUACCCACUUAUAGAUACUAAAAAUAUAUGGUUGCAAGAAAAAGCACACAGCACCAAAUCAAAGGGCUCUUGGAGCCAGCUCAUUCAUUUGCAUUGAUUUCUUGGACUUGCUGAAUAUAGGUACAGUUAAAUUCGCUUUAUAUGAACUUUCAAGACUUUUGGAUUAAAUUUUAUUUUAUUUUUGCGCAAUUGUGUGUUAAGAAAACUUGUGCAUUCGUCGUGAUGGGAAUUGGAAAAAAGGUUUUGUUGGCUGGAGGUGGGAUGGGCAGAGGUAAUUAGGCAGGCAGUGUCCUUUUUGUUGGUGUGUGUGUGUUUGUGGGGUGGUUCCUCAUAUAAGCCAAUAACAAUAUAAGGCACAUAUGCGCAAAUCAGUGUGUGUAUACCCCUGAACGUUGAGGACCAAGAAAAAGUAUACAUUCUCAGUCUGCAUUUUGUACCCAGUCUGCAGUCUGCAUUUUGUACCUAGUCUGCAUUUCGUACCCGGUCUGCAGUUUGCAGUCUGCAUUUUGUACCGACCGGAUUUGUAUUGCUGUUUUUUGUUCGAGCGAGCCUCAAGUCCGGACCGAAAUAUCGGGGCUCGAAAAAUUAUUUUAGUGAGACUAUCUUGGCCGCUAUGAUUGAUGUGUGGACUGUAUGUUGAAGAACUCCCAAGGACAAGCACAAUCAUGGAGCAAUGAUUACUUUAUACCAACUGAAGACGAACGCUUCCGCGGCUUAACAAUAUGGCUGCCUCUGAUUCCCUUCUGCGUGAUCACAGCGUGUUGAAAUGAGCUCGCUACAGGUCCCCUAGGUGUGGAAAUUUUGGCUUCUCAAUUCAAGUUGCAGUUUUAGAAAUUCAGAACUGUAAUUUUUGGUUAUUAUCUUUAUCAAACCCUACAAAUAUUUUUUUUUUCCGCGUGAGUUUCUGAGCUUCACCGAAAUUAAUUUAGAUUUUUACUAAGUGGGUAGGUGUAGGAUGCGAGACUAUUUCUGUUGACAGUCUGCAGUGCAACUUCCGUUCACGGAAUUCAACUUCCGUCCACGGAAUAGAACUUCCCUCCACGGUCGAGGACUUCCGUCAACAUCUGCUUUACCUCAAUAUCUCAUUCAUUGCUUUCAGCAUGAAUGAGCUAAAAAAUCAAACUGGAGUGACUAUACCUGUACAUGAAGAUCAUAAAAUUUUGAAACAUUUGUUUUUAUUGGUGAUUGACUUGUGAUAUUUUUGAAGUUUUUCCUACUCAUCUGCAGGUUAAUUAGAUUUUGGAUUUUACUUUCAAUUAACGAUUGGUUCUUACGUCAGCGUGCGUUCAUCGAUGAAGCACGCGGGAAGUUUAGAGAGCACGAAAGAUGCGUAAGAGUUGCUCGACGUUUAGCCGUGAGCAACUCCAGCUUUUUGAGUGCUCUCCAAACUUUCUGCGUGCUUCAUCGAUGAACGCACAACUGACGUAUGAACCAAUUGUUUUAUAACAUUUUCAACCAGAUGGAAAAAUUUUUUUUCUCGAGGGAUUUGUUUGCUGACGUCAUGAGCGUGCACAAUAGGAAUACGAAGCACGCUCGCGCAAUUGAAUUUGAUUAGACAAAUAUACUAGCUAUGUUAUAAACUUGGUUAGAUUUAUUCAUUGAUGCUGUUUCAUAAUGGCUUGUUUGCAUGAAAUGGUAACUGUAGUUUCGAUUAAGAGAUGUUUUUGAGGCAACAUCAAGGAUGAAUUAUCUUUUAAAAUGGAAUACUUCAGUAACUCUCUUCAUUUCUCUUCGAUGCAACAUCAUUUAGUAUUUCUGGAGGACAAUUAAAGGAAGCGGGUCGUAAAAAGUAAUUAUGUUUUAUUCAGCUCAGUGUUUAAUCAUGAGAGUAACAUUACAUGUUUUCAUAUGCAACAGGAUGGUCCAGCUGAAGAUGGCCCGGGGAAAGAGUGAAAUCUGCUGUUAGUAACAAGGAUGACUUUUGGGGAAACUUGAGCACUUAAUUGGUAAAUAAGUCUUGGCUUGUACUUCUGAUGGUAACAGUUUGCUGACAGAGGAAAUUGAAAUGUCAGUCCCUAUACAGAAAUGUACCUUCGUAUGACCUGUACAAAGAGAACUGAACAGAUGUAUUUGUGCUUGGCACAACUACUAUAUGUAUAAUGGCACCCCCCCUCCCCCCUGAGAAAAACGUUAAUGAUUUUUUGUCAACACGAAUGUAUGAGAGAAGCUUUGGAGCUAUUGUCCAUGUUUUUGUUAGAAUGCAUAAGGUUCGAUGAUUGUAAUGAUUAUUUUUCAGCUAUCAAACUUUUAACUUUAUAUUAAUCAUAGCUGUAACUGCAUGAUCGCCGUACGUACUUCUUCAAAAGUUGUUGGAGCUGAGUCUGUAGCCUGUCAUCCUUUGUUAAGAAUUGUGCAAUUAUUUAAUUUUGCAGUAUUUACCACAUUGUAAUAUGUAAUUUGGAUGGCAAUAAAUACUCAGGCUCAAGAUUUAAAUAAUACACGGUGUUCUUGCAAAUGCUGAUACUCAUUCAACAAAGGAAACUUUGAUAUAAGCAAUUGUUCACAAGAUAAGUGAGUUUAAAAAGAAGGGAAUCUGGAAAACCAAUAAUCCCCCUUUAACCCUUUAAUCCCCAUGAGUGACCAAGAGAGAAUUUCUCCUUAAAAAAUCAAUAUCAUAUUAACUAGAUAGAUGAUGAAAAUAAAGAAAAAAUUUCAACUUGGGAAUAAUUAGUUGAUCCAAUACUAAAUUCUCUGAACUAACAUUAUAAGAAUUGUAUGGUUGACAAUAAGGAAGAUGACAAAUUUGAUCUGGGAGUUAAGGUGUUCAUUAAGAUUGAAAUUAAUGGCCACUCUCCUCUUUUCAGUCAUGUUUUUACUUUGACCUGCCUCCUUCCUUUUAAUGUUUAAGGGAACAUAGAUUAUCUCUCUCACCUUAAGAGUGAUUAGCAUCCUAUUUCUCCUUACAAUAUCACCCUGAUACUAAAGUUUGACUCAAACUUUAAGGUCAAUAGAAUAAAGAAAAUUGACCAACAGUUGAAGAAACUCUCGAUUGCUUAACAAAUUCCCCUAUUCAGAAAAUUAGGAAAUGUACAGAGAACAGUAUUGGAAAUAUACACAGUAAUGUCAGGGUGUGAAAGAAAUGCGUAACUAUUUUUCAUAUUUUGACACAUGGAAAUUGAAUUAAUUGACAUUCACAUUUUGCAGAAGGCAAGAAUAUCAGUGCCUUAACUUGAUAAGUUCAUGACAUGAAGUAAGACAUGAAGUAAGAGAGUUGUGCCAACCACAUCCCACUUUCUAUCUUUCCCUAUAUAUUUAUGCACAAAUAACAGUCAUCAGAAUUGUCUCAUUCACUCUAAUUAUCCACUGAACCUAGGAAAAGAUGAUAACCUCCUUAUUUGUUUGAAAGCUUGCUCUCUCUCUCUCUCUCUCUCUCUCUCUCUCUCUCUCAACCUAUUCCUCUUAAAUUCUCUGAAAUUAAAUCGGAGCUAUGUUCUCACAACUUGCAAUACAACCAGUUAAAUUUGCUAUUUUUAAAGCACUCUCAGAAGAUUGGAACUUAAUGGAGGACCCCUGGCUGUAAUUCACUACCAAUUCUCAUUGUUAUUUUCUUGCAAAUCAAGUUGAUUUUGCUCUUAUAGGUGCAAAACCUGGAUUAACCCUUGACACCCUAACAUCUGUAUGCAUAUGCUCCAUGCUGUUCUCUAUAUGUUUCCUAAGUUGCUAACAAAAACUUGUUUAACAAUCAAAAGCUUCUUUUAUAUAAUUAGUUGGUGAUCUUUUCCUAUAUUCUCCUUACCUUAAUGUGUGACUCAGGGUUAAUAUUGCAGGGAGAAAUUAGAGGCGAGUCACUCUUAGGGGUUUAAGGAUUAAUGUGUAACCCAUAUAUGAAGGUUAUCCUUCUAGGGCGGCUAACACUUAUAAAUCACAGUUCUUUAUACAUAAUUUUUUAGGUAUUACCCAAGUCUUUUCAAAACCUUUUAAGUUAAUUUUUUUUCACAGUGAACCAGUGAAAGUCCUAACGGAUGGUCAAAUGAAUACUUUUUCAGAUCACUGAGUAAAAUUUAUUCUUGUGCUUCACGUUAACAUGUUGCCACAACCCUAACUGAUAGGCUGCAAUCUAAAACUUUUCAACCUCUUUGGUAAUAACCCGUAUAUGUCCAAUAUAACAAAUCCGACUAGAUUCUUCUACGGCAGUUGACGAAUCCGCCCACCGUUAGUCGAAUUAAUUUCGUAUUUCAAUGGCUAGAGUUGCCAGGAUCAUGGACAGUUGGUUUAAAAAUACUGACAUAUGCAAUUACAGCAGAGGUAUUUCCAGCUAUAGGCCGACAAUAAUGAAACGCGAGUAGUCGAAAGAGUAGAAUUUAAAAGAAAACAGGUUUAAAAACGAGUUGAAAGUGACUUUUCUCUGGAAACUUUUCUCUUCUUCUCUUUUCUCUCUUUUUCUCUUUUCUCAUUUAUUGAGGAUGUGGUGAAAAGCAUUGGUCAAAAGCUCUUUAGUGUCAACAAUGUAACAGAACAAUUGUAAACAGGGUUAAACGGACAUCAACAGAGAAAAUCGCAUUUUUGCUAAUUUUUUUUACAAUUAUUAUUAUUAUUAUUAUUAUUAUUAUUAUUAUUAUCAUUAUUAUUUGUAUUUUUUAUCAUUAUUUAGAUGAGACGUCUAGCAAAAGAAAACUUGACCUUGUGGCGGUCAUUUCCGGCGGCGCAGAGGUAACAAGAGGACUCCAGAAAAACAUCACAUUAAAUGCCUCAUUGUCAUAUGACCCGGAAGUUGCACAUGGCAACCGAUCAGGAAUGAAAUUCACCUGGCAUUAUGGCAAAGUCACAGGAAAUCACUUCGGUAAACAAGCGGAGGCGAAGGCGGAGGAAGAUUUCUUCACAGCAGUAAACCAGUCGACCAUUUAUUAUAAUGGAAAUGCAUCUGGCGAACUAGUUUCCUUAAACGACGAAGCUUUUUCUGUUAAUGAGACCUAUGUAGUUAAACUGGUAGUGACCAAGGAUAUUCGCAUUUCCACCGUUUAUCAAGUUAUCCAUUUGAUAGAAGGAGACCCCCCAGAAAUAUAUCAAAGGUUAGGGAUUUACUUGGUUUUUUCUGUUGUUAUUAAGUUUGCUUGGUUUGUUUUUACUGUUGUUUUUGUUGCCGUUGUUAAUACCAAUAUUUGUUCUCGACCUUGGUCUUUAUCUUUAUUUAAGCUACUGUUGCUUUUGUUGUCCAAUUCUACCUGUUUUGUUUCUAGUUUUGUUAUCUUUUGUUGUUUCUGUUUCCUUUGUUCUAUAUACUUUGUUGUUGCUGUUAAUGAUAAUGUUAUUGUUUAUAUUGUCGUUUUGGUUAUUAGUAUUGUUGCAGCUACUUCAUUAGCAGUUGUUCAUAUCAAUGUUGAAUUGCAGCCACUGCAACAGCUGUUCUUCUUAAUUAUAUGAUCUCAUCAGACAACGGAAGUUCAAAACCCCUUCUUCAUUGACUGUUUGUAUAAUCUUUUUGCUUCAUUUUAGAUGUUUCUUUAACUGUCAACUUAAAGUGAGUCCCUUAGUCAAACUUAGUAUCAAGUCACAAUGCCGCGGAUUACAGUGCUCUAAAAUAUCAUCCUAUGAGUGGAGGCUCUACCAGCAGUUCAAGCGAAACACCUCCUUUACUUGGCAAAGAAAACAUAAUUUACGACUCGUCACAAGUACACCGCUGAAUUCAAGUGACAUUGUUAUCAAAGGAGGUUCCCUUACUGGUGGAAAUAAGUACCGCUUGGCACUAUUCAUAACAAUUACGGACGUUUUAAGGAGAAUGAAUGCUUACGAUUAUUCUAUAGCAAUACCUCCAACAGGGGGCAACUGCUCGAUCUCUCCGCCAAGCGGCAUCUCACUGAAGACUGAUUUCAAUCUGAGCUGUAGCAACUGGGAAAGUGACAACACCCCUCUGUCCUACCUGUUUCAGUACAGGCUAGAGAAUGGUCUGUACAAUGUAUUAUAUCGUGGCGUUAACAACAACAUAAGUACCUCUUGGAUACCGCCUGGGAACAAUACAGAUAAUUUUACUGUCAAAGUUAUCGCUAUUGUGACUGACAAUUUCGGAAUUUCUACUUCCCCAAUCUCUUUGACAGUUCAGGUAAGUCGCUAACCAUUAAUUUAAUGUCUAGCAUGAAAGGAUGUGAGAAUAUGUUAAUUUCUUUUGGUCCCUAUUAGUAAUAAAUUAGUUACAGUUAUAGAUACCUGCUUUUGACUUUUUCAGAUCAAGCCAUCUCAGAACACAAACCUUCUAAUGGCAAAGAACAGUACAUUUCAGAAAUUAAUCGAGAUCGGAAACCUGACAGAAGCAGCGCUAAUAGCAAACUCUUUCCUGCUAUCAGUUUUACAAGAAACCUCAAUGGGUUUUCAGGAGAGAUACAAGGUACAUUUAAAACGUAACUUGUUACUUAAAAAGUGAAACAAAACUAGUUCAUUAUGAUCGUACCCGAAAAGUAAAGAGUUUACCGAGAGCCAAACAUGCAAAAAAAAAAAAAGAAGAUAAUAAAGAAUUUGUAUUAAAAUAUAUAAUAAUAAUGAUAAUAAUAAUAAUAAAUCAACUUUCGAAGGACAGACAAAUAUAAUAGAUGUAUGAACAUAUUUUUGAGAAAAAUGGAGGCUUGUGUGUUAAAUAUCGUUGCUACGCGAGAGUCGUGGCUACCACGUUAGAUAUUCACUCUCCAUUAUUCUCGCGGGUUGAUUGUGUGAGCAAACAAUUCCGUCUUCCGUUGUGACGAGUAAAAAACGCUCUAGAGCCUUGGAUUAAAUCUCAAACGAAGACUUACAACGUCUUGAAAAUGAGGCUUCAAAUUUUAUUUCAAGGGCGGAAAUCACCGGACAAUCCAUUAUUUCAGGUUGGACAUUUUUGGUGUUUUGAUGCAUGCGAAUCAAUCAUGCGCUUGCAAAUUUAUCAUUUUGAUGGGUUUUAACUAGUAAUAUCAUUGGGGAACCUGAUACGUUGAGUCUAAGUAUGCCUUUAGAUGUAUCAUCUUUGGAACGAGCCUAAUAUGAGAGACACAGUCUGUUUGCCUAUUUCUCUACUGGCUUAAAUAACAUUAAGCUUUAUCGUUGUUCAAGGUUAUGAACUACAUCCUUGAAAACAUUUCGCCCUUGGAAGCAAAAACAGUCUCAGACCUCCUCCAAAAAUCUUCGGUUAUCGGUUCUGCUCUUCAGGCUCUGGAGGAAGUGCCCCACCAGUCUCUGGUAAGUGAAGUACUGAUUGGGGCUGGAAGAGCCUUGGUUGUUACGCCAAGUUUUUAUACCAUGAUACUAUUUAGCAGGAAAGGCUACAGAAACAACAGCAAAGGAGACAAAAACGGAAACAAACAAGCAACUAUUGUGUUAUCAAUUCAAGCAAUCUAUAAUUUUGUACUUACUUUAAAUAAUUCGCCACAAAUUAUUUCUACAAAGGUCAAUGGAAAGAAAUCUGAAAUUAAGCAUAUGUAGCUUCAUUUAUAUUCAUUUGCACUCCACAGAAUUUCUCCUUAUCUGCUAUCAGUUCAGUGACGUCACUCCUAUGGUCUAUCGCCCAGAAACGAGACGUAGCAGACAUAUCACUGACAAGGCAAUCGGCAGAAAACUUGGCUUCAUGUCUUAAUACCGUGUUGAAGGCAGCAGCAGUGACUGCAUCAGAAGACUCCAAGUCAAGUUUUCAACAACAGGUACUUUAACGUACAUUUAGGUGAAGUCCAAGAGUCUACGAAUUAAACAGACCCUUAAAAACGUAAUUAUACAUGCAAGCAUAAUCAUUAGACUUUAUUCAUUGGCAAAUGGUCCAUUGCAAAUUGCAGUUAACUUAACCGUUACUCCCUUCUUCAUUCAGACUUUGAACCUUUUAUGGUUUGUUUGUAUGUAUGUUUGCUUUAAGCUUUCGAAAAUCCAUAAUUUGCUUAUAAUUUAUUAUAUGUUUAUUUAUGCUAUUUCUACAGGGUGAACUAUUAGUGAAGAUUUCAAUGAAGGCCCUCGAGAAAGUUGCAGACUCAUUGUUGGCAUUGACAUUACCUGAUGAAAAAACGAUACCAUUCACUGCAGGACAGCUAUCCAUGACACUCGGAAGAUGUAGCCUCCAAAGACUUUCAGGAUUGGAAGUAAGAGCAGGAAAAGGUCGGUUUAUCUUACCGUCCAAGAGCCAAUUGUUACUCGCUGGAGUAAACAAAACAAGCUUUGUAGAUGUUCAGGUAAGUAUUCCUGUCCUUCAGGCAAAUUUCAAUCCAAGUUUUUUUCAGCAGAUACCGACACCAGUCAAGUUAAAAUCACACAUUAGACACCUUACAGGUUGCUUAUUACCACCAGCAAUCAUAUUUCUUGCUUUGCCUUUGACGUGUUCAACUCUGGCACUUGGGCAGGAAAAGAGAAUCGAAUCAUGUGACCGAAGUGACCACAUGAAUGUUAUAUAUUCUUCGUUGUUUUCUAAAUAUAAUUUCAGUUUUAUUUGAGCCCAGUUUAUGAUAACUUCUGAUUAAGAGUAAGACGGAGUACCCUGUUUACGUGUUCAAUUAUAGCAGUCCACAAAAACAAACAAGCAAAUUUCUUAAUUAUUUCUCUUUUAGAUGCUCUCAUUUUCUUUCAACCCUUACACUUGGGACGGCACCAAGGAACGAGUUGGCUCUGAUGUUGUAACCCUGCAGUUGAAAAACAACAACAGCGAGCUUAUUAAAGUAUCAAAUCUCACGGAAGACAUUGUUAUCGUUACGCCUUUAAAACUUCAGAAAAUCUCUGCUUCAGAAAAGUCAUGGUAUUUCACAAAGAACAAUGAUCUACGUUUCCACGAAAUAAACGUGAAGUAUGAAAACACCCUGCUGAUGCUGGAAAUCAAACCUCAAGAUCCAACCGUACAUCUGUUUGUCUAUAUGCGUUUUGGUCAGCGACCGACAACUCAAAACUACGACCUCAAUGCUACUAUCUCUCAUGACGAAAAGUGUGUUUGGAUGAUAGGCACACAUGACAAAAGGGACGGACAAACGGUCUGCUUCUUGAAUCCACAUGCGCCAAUACAAGUUCUGGCUGAGCGUCCUGGGAAAUACUUACUCGGCUUAAAAAAUUAUAAUGCCACAGUGAACUUAUCUCACACAAGGGAGAAGAGAUCUUGUCUUGGUGGAAGGCGAAGGAAGCGCUCCUGCGUCGAAGUCAAAGAUCCACCACCCACCCCACCCCACAGUGAAAAUGUCCCUGUGAUGCCAGUUUAUGAUUCCACAACAGACCAGAACUACACUCUAAAGGUGACCUUGGGUAGUUGCGUUUACUGGUCAGAAACACUUGACAAGUGGAUAUCAUCUGGUUGCCGAGUAAGUGAAAAUUAAAUAAAGGUUUUCAGCGCAAUCUUUUCUAUCUAAUUUGAGCUUUCCUAAGUAAUGUUUGUAAAAGUGCUGUGGUACUGCAAUAAUCUUCACUCAUUAAGCUUAUCAUUGAAUUCAGGCUAAUCUUUGAUUAGAGAACAUUUUCAGACAAAAGUCGAAUCGAUUUGAUAGCCAGCCGUGGUAUAGAAGCGCCUUAAAACAAAAAAGAUGCGGUGUGAUUUAAGGUGACAGCCAAAAUGAUAAUUUUUAUCAUUAAGAUCUUCCUUGCCUUUAUAAUUUCAGGUUUUAGCAGAAUCAGAUGGAUUUUUAAACUGUAGCUGUAGCCACUUGACGUCAUUUGGGGGAAGUCUCUUAGUUGAACCGAAUCCCAUUGACUUCGACAAGGUUUUAGUCGAGUUCCAACAGUUAUCAGAAACUGGAAAUAUCGCAGUUAUUGUGGUUAUUGCGGUGAUUCUAUUAUGUUAUGUGACUGUGAUUAUUAUCGUAAGGAAAUUCGACGAGGAAGACGCGAAAAAUGUGAGUGUAGAGUCAGAUUUUGCUUAGGAUUGUUGUUUUAACGGAGCAUGCUCUCCAGUUUAACCACUUCACUCCCAUGAUCUUGCUGUUAAAUCUCCCUCCGGUUGCUAUACAUUUUUUUUGCAAAUAAGUCAUGACAAUUUGAUAAUUGAUCAAGAUAACAAAAUCUACCUGAUAAUUUUGAGUAUUCUCAUGACCUGUUACCUAGAUAAUGUACGGAUAUUUUUGGGAGAAGUUGCAUGUUGAUCACCCCUGGGAGUUAAAGUGUUAAGGAAAAAAAAAGGCUUUAAAAAAUGAAGUGACAGUCUUUUUUUUUUUUUUUGGAAUGGAACAAAAAAAAAAAAAAAAUUAAGAAUAUAAAUCAGCUUUAAUUUUUUUUUUUUUUUAGAGGGAAUUACCGAUCCAACUUCCAUCAUCUUCAAGCUGCACCUAUGAAUAUAAUAUAGUGAUUACUUCAGGGGCUUGGAAAAACUCAGGCACGACUGCUCAUGUUGCUUUGGAGAUUUACGGUUCUGAUGGAAAGAGUGGCAUUCUUCAGCUUAGCCAAGAAGAACCUGGUGCAGUGAAUACGUUAUUCUCACGAGGUAAUUCAGACGUUUUUGUACUUUAUGUUAACAAAUCACUUGGUGCGAUUCAAGGAGUGCAGAUUGGACAUGAUAAUUUUGGAGAUAGUCCCUCGUGGUACCUAGAAGAAAUCCUGAUUCGGGACGUACAAUCUAAGCAGUCGUGGAAAUUCAUGGCCAAUCAGUGGUUUGCUCUUGAGCGCGGAGAUGGGCGCAUCGAGCGAGUAAUCGACCAGACCUCAAAUAAUUUGGAUUUUGGCAAUGAAGUUGCAAGACGUUGGCGAAGAGGCCUUGCGGAGUCGCAUAUUUGGAUUUCAGUAGCAGCCAAGCUGAGAAAAAGCCGCUUUACAAGAGUACAGCGGCUGUCUUGCUGCCUCUCAGUGCUUUUGACAUCUAUGUUUGCUAACGCGAUGUUCUACAAGUUAGAGGGCAAAUAUGAACAGCCUAUCCAAGUCGGACCGCUGAAAAUGUCGUGGAGACAAGUGGUAACUGGAAUUGAAAGCGCACUUGUUGUGACACCCAUAAACAUUUUUACAGUGUUUCUGUUUCAGAAAGGAGCUGGAAAGUCUUCCACGAACAAUGACUAUUGUCUUAAAGGUACCCUGAUCUCUGGUAUCGCUUGGUGUUUGUUGUUUUUUUCUUGUACUGUUUCAGCUGCGUUUUCAAUUUUCUACAGUCUAAUUUGGGAAAAGAGUGUCAGUGAACAGUGGCUGUCUUCGAUGCUUAUUUCAUUCGCACAGGAUGUAACAAUCAAGGAACCAGUAAAGGUGUUCUUCACAGCUUUAACAUUCGCGGCCAUUUUAAAGAUAAAGGCGAAGAGAUCAAAAGUACACGCCUGCGAAAGCCCUCAGCAAGUUAAAUCUGGGUACUAUAAGAAACAUUUUUGGGCACUGCAAUUAUCAGAGGUGGAAGAGAUGAGGAGACGACAAGCUAAGAAACAGAACCUGACACGUUAUUUCACAGAGUUGGGUUUAUACUUGGUCUUCGUUUUCUUGCUUAUGGCAGUGUGCUAUGGAAACAGAAAUGACCAUCGGUACUUGAUGACGAAAUCAAUCCGAGAUGGACUACCAAACUUUGGCAAAGUGAGUAGACAUUAUUUGAUUAUGAUAAAUUCAUUGCUGAAAUUCGCGUGUUUAAUUUAUCUUAUGAUUUUUUGUUUCCAUGGAGAUUCAAAAUCAAAUAUAUGAAGGAAAAUUUUACUUUGCCGGUCUCUUCAAGAAAUGACUAAGGCAUUUUCUGCUCUUGUAAUGGAUAUUUUGGGGAGGAAUAUCCCUUUAGAAACAGCGUACAAGAGAUAUGUUAAUGCGCGAGACCCAAAUUUAGGAAUGGAAAGAAAUUCCAAGCGAUAGAAAUAUAAUCCCAUGAAGAGAUUGGCAUUCAAUUCUGCCAUAGGAGAAAACCAGUGAGCGGCAAACAUAAUAUUUGAGGGGAUGGGUGCAAUGAAAAUAAGCAAGUGAGAGUAAUAGUCUAACACACGCCCAUAAAUAGUAACUCGCUUGUGUGACUCAAACUUCUGCUCUUCUAUCCAUACUGUUAUACUUAAAAUAAUUAUAUAUAUAUAGGAAGUCUGUGUUUCGGUUUUUCCGUAUUACAGUGCUCGAUACAUACAAGUAGAGAGUGAUCUGAAUUGAGUUAAGGAAAAAACACAGAGACCGAGGUAUUUCUCGACAAGCCUGUUUCGUGAUCAGAUCAUUCUUCCGGGGAUUUUAAUGGAAAGAAUAUUUGUAACCAUCGUAGAUAUACUAUAAAAUUUACGUAAUAAAUGUGGCGGUAACUUAAGAUGCUUUGUUCAGCUGUGACAGCAUGAAGACACGACUUCGUUACGUUGGUUAAAUGAUGACAAUUCACAUAUAUAUAUAUAUAUAUGCAUGUUCACUAGUUUUUCUAGUUUGAACACUCUGGCAUGGCUUAGAUGAUCCCACAUAUGUGAGAUCACUUGGGGUGGCUAUAUGGUCUUACCUCCAUCCUAGCAUCAGCACUGCACUGAUGAGGCCCAGAAGGCCGAAACAGUACUGUCUGCAGUUAGUUAUAUAUAUAUAUAUAUAUAUAUAUAUAUAUAUAUAUAUAUAUAUAUAUAUAUAUAUAUAUAUAUAUAUAUAUAUAUAUAUAUAUAUAUAUAUAUAUAUAUAUAUAUAUAUAUAUAUAUAUAUAUAUAUAUAUAUAUAUAUAUAUAUAUAUAUAUAUAUAUAUAUAUAUAUAUAUAUAUAUAUAUAUAUAUAUAUAUAUAUAUAUAUAUAUAUAUAUAUAUAUAUAUAUGUAUAUAUAUAGUUUUUUUGAAUUUUAUUUUAUUUAUUUGACCCAAUGAUCUUGUAUUAAUUCAGGUGACAAACAAUACAAUGUACUGGAGCUGGUUACAGCGUGUUUUCAUCCCAGGAGUGUUUUCCGGCAGAUGGUACAACGGUCAAAGGGAUGAGCAAACAAUUUAUAUUGGUAAUAAACAAUCUCUUCUCGUCGGAAUGGCUCGAGUAAGGCAACUCAGAGUGAAAGCGAGUAAGUUUUUUUCCAUUUUUAUUACUUUUUGCAUUUCAGUGAAAAGGCUAUUUACCCACACACGUCAUUUUUUAUUGUAUGGUUAUACAUAUAUAAUUUAAUCUGACAGAGAAGCGAUCAAAAUUAUAUAUUGAGCUAAACAAUAAGUUUUUUAAAAUUCUUGAAGACAAAAAUUUUUAACAUGCACCGGUAACAGUUUCCUCGACUCCUGACCAUUCUAACAAUUAUCGAGACGAGUGUUUAGGUAGCUGCGUUUUUUUUUAUGAACGGUAAUUAAAUUUAGGUUUUGACGACGGCUCCCUUUUCCUCUGCAAGCAAAUGCUACUUUGAAGGCUUCUAAAACAACUUUAAUUCUCUAUAACGGAGGUGUUCAUAUUAGUUAAAAAAGUACGAAAUGUGACAAACCGCUGAGUGAAAUGAAUACCAAAACAAACUUCCUGAUUAUGAUCCUUUGUUCCAACUUUCAGCGAAAUGUAAAGUCCUAAACUAUAUGUGUUUCAAGGGAUACUCGACAAAGACCGAAGACAAGACCGCCUACAACAAACCAGGCUGGAGGCCUGUCGACGGUACUCUGAGGAAUGACGAGUUAUUACAACUUUGCCCGAAGCCAUGGCGAUAUCAACAUGCCGAGGAAACCGACACUAGACCCAGGUGGGGACAGUUCUCCUUUUAUGAUGGAGGAGGAUUUGUAGCAGACCUCGGGUAUGAUAACCUUACGGGGUUCAGCAUAGUAACAAAUUUACGAAACAACGGUUGGCUUGACAGGCAAACCAGAGUUGUCCUGGCAGAGUUUUCCACAUAUAAUCCGUCGGUGAAUAUUUUAGGGGUUGCCACAUACUUCUAUGAAGUUGAUGCAUCUGGACUGAAAGCAGCCUCCAUGCAAACUCAUGUUCUUUCACUUGAUUCUACGGACACGCCCUCACAUCAGUUUUAUUUGAUUUCCUUGCUUCUGUACAUUGUAUUCGUUUUUUUGUAUUUUGGAAGGGAAAUUUUCAGACUUUACAAUCAUCGUUCUCGAUAUUUCAAGUCUAUCUGGAAUUGGGUCGAGGUAUUCCAGAUUCUUUUUUCUCUGAUUGCUGUGGUGAUGUACAUAAUACGACAAAGUAAAGCCAUUUCAACCAUGGGCAAACUGCAUAAAAACAUUUAUGCAAAUCUAAGUUUCCAAGAAGCUAUCACUUGCCAAGAAGUAGAAAAUGUCGUACUGGGUAUUCUCACUUUCAUCGUCACCACCAAGCUAUUGCGAAUCAUUCGCUUCAACAACUAUGUUGCUCUAUUCUCCACAACAUUGAAGAUAUCUGCACGAUCUUUGUCAUCCUUUAGCAUCGUUUUAUUCAUUUUCUUUGUGGCAUUUUUGCACUUCGGUGUCUUGAUGUUUGGCUGUGUAUCUGAGCGCUACUCUUCGGUGCUAAAAGGAGCCUAUUUUCAACUCGAGCUAACUCUUGGUCGAGUGAAAGCUAGACCAAUCAAUGAAUUAGCACAGGCUAAUACCAUAUACGCCAAAAUAUUCGCCUUCUUAAUUCUCUUCACGCUCACUAUUCUCUGUAUGAACAUCUUUAUCGGCAUAAUCAACGAUGCUCUUUUGGAUGCUAAGAACCAUGUGAGCGAAAGUGAGCUGUAUGAUCUUAUCGAUGAGAACCGUUGCUUGAGCUCAAAAGAAAGAAAAGAAUUUUUCAAUGCAAUCAGUAACAAGUUGAAACAGUCGAGAACCUCCAAAACGUCGGCAGAAGUGAAGGACAAAGAAUCAGGAAAUAUUGGCCUUGACCCCACGAACAAUUCCAAUCUUAACUUUGAUUUAAUAAGUCAAGCUAUCAAAGCCUGGAGGAAGAAAAGAUCCAGAGAAACAAUUGAUAAACAGCAAUGCAGUACAAGGAGACAAGCAUUGUUCGACAGGAUAAGCAACAUGUUAAAAUCUCUGAAAGGUGAAAGCAAUGACGACUGCAGCAAACGUAGAGAAAAAAAGAAAGUAAGAUUUCAAGAGGAUGUCGUCGAGUCUUCCCUCCGUAAAUUACGUAAGAGAGAACAUGACCUGUUACAGCGGCUGGAGAGUAUUGUUUCAGGGUUCACAGCAGAAGACGAAGAAUUCGAUUAUUUAUUAAUAACAGCAGAGGUCUAUCUCUACUAG